CUUGAGGCCAUCGCCGCCUGAAAGUGGCUCAAAACUAAAAAAUGACCUGAGGGUUGAAACAAGAUAAGAUCCCACUGAUGUCACGGUAAUUACACGGAGUACCAUUCAGCCACUCGGUAGAUUUUGCUGCUGAUCCCUGGGCUUUAGAUGCAGGUGGGGAUAUGCAGUUUUUAUUUUUCUGCAGGUAUAAAAGCAGGUGAGGACUUUGUUGAACUGCAGUUACUGAGAAGCCACAAAACGAAGCUAAAAUUCUUCAGACCCACAAUCAACUGUACCCCGAAUACAUCCUGCAAAACGUCCGGAGGAAGAAGAGCCAUGGAUUACUACAGAAAGCACGCCGCUGUCAUUCUGGCCACAUUGUCUGUGUUUCUGCACAUUCUCCACUCCUUUCCUGACGGAGAGUUUACAAUGCAGGUUUGCCCAGAAUGCAAGCUAAAGGAGAACAGAUACUUCUCUAAGCUGGGUGCCCCAGUUUACCAAUGCAUGGGCUGCUGCUUCUCCAGAGCGUACCCCACCCCGGCAAGGUCCAAGAAGACGAUGUUGGUCCCUAAGAACAUCACCUCAGAAGCCACAUGCUGUGUGGCCAAAGCAUUUACCAAGGUCACAAUAAUGAGAAAUGUCAAAGUGGAGAACCACACGGAGUGCCACUGCAGUACUUGUUAUUAUCACAAAUCUUAAAUGUUUUGCAAAGUGUCAUGUUGAUGACUGCUGAUUUCCUGGAAUGGAAAAUUAAUUUGUUCAGUGUCUCUGGCCUUGUGAGAUAACACUCUCCUUUUCCUCACCACACCGCCUUGGACAUGCUUCAAGGAGAUACUGCAGCUUUAUUGCUUUUCACUCUCCUAUAGGAUAAUCAGUAGUUAGUUCUUUUCAUUUGGAAUGAAAUAUAGUAUUUAGCAUGACUAUGAAAAGCUGGCUCUGCUAGAAAUAAAGUCUUUUAAAUCAUCA